ACCAUUAGAUCCAAACACCCAAUUUAAAACAUUCAACUAUAACCAAAGAAUACACCCAAAACAUUAUCAAAAAAAAGAGAAACCAACACGGGAUGAACAAGUGUUGGAACACUUUUUUUGGCUGGCAGGGAGAGCUUUGUUGACAGCGUUUGAGCGUCAUGAACUUCGGUUGCGUACCUUGGGUCCGCGCGUCCCCCCCUGAGCAGUGGGCCGUCGGAACCCAGUGCGCUUAAUCCUCAACAAUCUCGUCGUCAUUUUUCAUUUUCACUCGUAUACCCGGGGAAUUUAUACUCACCCAUCCUACGAAGCUGGUCCUUCGUUAGUCUUGACGCUUGUGUCUUAUGGACACUCACGACACACAGCUGCCCUCACCGAGUACGCGGAUAGCACCGUACUCGGCAGAUUUUGACAGACUGCCACUCCUUCGACCUCCGCAACUCAAUAACGUCCAGGACGUCUCUACAGUCGCAUGGUUCAGUACACAGGAUGGAAAGCCGUACGUGCGAAUACGACUGCGCACCAAGGGGACCGUUUGCCGCGCAUGCUUUCAUGAUCUAAGUCCUCGCAAACAGCAAGAUUUAAUAGAUCGACUUCGCGCAAAACGGGAAGGGAGAUUGUCUCUGAGACCUGGGGCUCCGCCGGCGGCACCUCCAGGUGAAGAAGAGUCAGAGCGGCUUUUGCAGCUGAUUAUCUACAUGGAGAAACACAAGCGACCCCUCGCUGCUCCUCCAAAUGUAGGGGGUGAACGCGCUGUGGAGGAACCCGGCGUAUCGGAAGGAGAUGACGAUUUUCGCGGCCCGCCAGGUACCUCCCUACAUCGCGAAUCCGUCGGUCCCACCACAUCAAAUUCCACAUCACCGCGUCCACCUACUUCGUUGCAUGCCGGAUCUCAACCACCAACACCAGCAGGAGCAUCGCCAUUUCCUCACCCCCCUCCACCUGCACCCGGCCUCAUUCACCUCCCAGCACCAUUCCCAUCGUCUCCCUAUUAUCAUCCACUACCGCAAUCCCGAUCCUAUCGAUACUCUGGACCGCCCGAGUAUCCGUCAUAUCCCCCGCACCCUCGCCGUUCUCCUAGCAUUGUAACGGCCCCAGCAGCAGAACCAUCCCCGCAGACGGAUGAUGGAAUGCGAUAUGUACAAGAGGAAUGUACUCGCUUGCGCACCGAGAAUCACGCCCUUCGUGAAGAGGUUCUGUUACUGAGGAGGCAUACAGACAUGUUGUACGAGGAGACCCGAAAGCUAAGAGAGGAAAUGUCAGCAGCUCGAUCAGUAACUUCAAUCGGUGGACCGCCCGGCCCUUCUUCAGCCCAAGUCAGUAGUUCCGUGUCGCGACCAAUCAUCUUACCGCCUCGCUUGGAGGAGAUACUUUCCCGACAUUUACCGAAUGUAAGCGCUUCCGUGAGAGAUAUGCUGCGGGAAGCUCUGUUGGCGAUGGAUGGCGAAUUACGAAAUCCGGGGAUGCAACAAUAAAGGUGCUCAAACAACUCCAACUACUCCUUGUUUAAUUUAUUUUUCUUUCUCGCUGGCUCGAGAAAUGUAGACAGAGUUGCGUUUGGAGAGACGCAACGGACGGUUCAUGCAUCGUUGAAGCGGCUUCGGCUACAUCUGUCCAGAAUGUAAUAUUGUAUUAGAUCUUUAAUGGAGUGGGGAACCAGGAUGUUUUAUCAAUCUGGUUGUGAAAGAUGGCCGAUAGAGAACAGAAUGUUUGCCAGAUAGAUCCUGUAAAUGUUUCCCCAAUCGUCCGUGAAUAGAUGCUGGUCAUCCUAGAAGUGACGAAACCUUCUCUUGUAAUACAUGGCUUAAUGAUGAC